CGACAGUUUCUCUGAUGAUGUGACAUGAUGUGACAUGAAUUAUGUUCAAUACAUGACAUUUUUUAUGUUUGGCUAUAUACUCUCAGGCAGACGAUCACGCAAGAUAUUUAUAUAUUUUUUAAUUACGCCAAGACCCUCAGCAUGUUUGCACAUCUACAGUUGAAGUUACGUGGCCAACCUUGUUGUGACAGUUCUAAACGAGAAGGUGUGCGUUUGGGAGGCAGGUCUGACAGUUCAGAUCUGCGAAGUGCCUUCAGCAGCUGGUCGACCCCAGCAGUGAAAGUGCCUCGCAAGGCACGUCAAGGAUCAGCACUGCUGCACUUGUCCAUUUGUCUUUGAAAUGAAGCACGGGACAGUAAAAGGCGGGUCAUCAUGUAAAACAAUUUUCGAGCAUGCGCGCGCAUUAAAGCAAAGUGCAGUACACGAGAAUCAGCGGGAAAGAUGUUCCCGAGAUUCACUGCCAUUAGUAUGUAUCUGGCCACAGUCGUCAUGAUUACUCGAUCUCCACGUUAAUGUAGAUGAAUUAAGCAUGCAUGGCAGGUCCUCAUCAUCGUAUCGGACACGUUACAGUGAAUAUAGCGGAGAACCGAAAUGGGAGACAUUCCUUUGUUCCGUUGGAGCUCGCAAGAUUUCAAGCUAAAGAAGGACAAAAGAGUCUUACCUUCAAGCCCACUUUCAGAAUGAACAAGGCGAGGAUGUCCAACACACGACGCGUCGCAGCUCCCUGUAUACUGCAUCAGGAAGGCACACGUUGUGCCUAAUGGCAUGGCCAUUUACAUAAUUUGUUGACCCGUGGCUCCGUGAUCAGCAAUUGUUCCUCUUAUUAUGGGGACUGCUCUAUUUCAAAGUUGCAGUUGCAACUUGAAACGAAAAUGGACAUCCAUGGAAAUGUGUCCUAAGAUCUUCCCUACCUUCUGUCCCCUGGCAUUUCUCCACCUGAGUGUCUGAGCUGAGCACUGUAUGUGUGUGCCAGAGAGAGAGAGAGAGAGAGAGAGAGAGAGAGAGAGUGAGAGAGACAUACUAUGUGUUUAAGGAUGCCUCGCUUCCCCCUGAAAAAAAUCCGAAAGCAGCUCAAACUCCUGUUGCUGCUGGUGCUCCUGACGUUCGCCGUGUGGUUCACCUACUUGCACAUCCACCAGGGCAAAGUCUUCAGGCUGCAGCUCAGCUAUGGCAAAGAUGCAGAGAAGCAGAUUGAGAAGGGGCCACGGAAGCCUUCCCACAUGCCACAUGGACAACAUUACCAUGGCGAUGCCCCUGACAGCCAAGAGGAGGAUCAGGCCGAGGAUGAGCGUGCCUAUGUGCAGAGCAGGGAUGCCGACCUCCAUUCGUUCCUCAACCAGAAGCUGCUGAAAUUGCCAUGGAAACCUGAGCAUAAGGGUCAGGCCAAUCUUCAUGUGUUUGAGGACUGGUGCGGUUCCUCCAUCUCCAAGCUCAGAAAGAACUUACAUUUCCCCCUUUACCCUCACAGUAGAACUACAGUGAAGAAAUUGGCAGUGUCUCCUAAAUGGAAAAACUACGGCCUUCGCAUCUUUGGUUUUAUUCAUCCGUACAGAGAUGGGGAUUUCCAGUUUGCGAUCUCGUCUGAUGAUAACUCUGAGCUGUGGCUGAGCUCGGAUGACAGUCCUCUUAAUGCCCACCUGCUGGCCUAUGUAGGCAUGCGUGGCUGCGAGUGGACAGCUCCUGGAGAGUUCAGCAAGUUCAGAUCCCAGACCUCUAAAGUCAUGCAUCUUAGAGCUUCAAGGAGGUACUACUUUGAAGUUUUGCACAAGCAAGAUGACAGAGGUUCAGACCAUGUGGAAGUUGCGUGGCGCCCGUUUCUGCCUGGCUUGAAGUUUGACAUCAUUGACUCUGCCUACAUCUCCUUGUACACAGAUGAGUCCUCUCUGAUGAUGGACAAUGUGUCUCACGUCCCUCAGACACUGGCCAGUCACACUCGACAGAAAGGGCUCAGCAGAGCUCCAGGGUCAAGACCUCACGCUGAUAUGCUGACUCCUGACCCCCGAGACACCUUUUACCGCAUUCCGCUGAUCUCUGAAUUUCGGCUCCAGAAUGUUCUGCCCUCCUGUCUCUACUCUCCCACAUACGUCCUCAAAGACUUCCCCAUCGCCCGCUACCAGGGUCUCCAGUUUGUGUAUUUGUCAUUUGUUUACCCCAAUGACUUCACCCGGCUCACCCACAUGGAGAAAGACAACAAGUGUUUCUACAAGGAGUCUACCGUGUACCUGGAGAAGUAUGGAUUCUACAAAUACAUGAAAAUGGAUGAAGAGGACGAUGACACUCCUUUCUUUUUCCCAAAUCCUGAUGAUUUCCUGGAUGAAGUGGAAGGGGCGGACCCAGAGGAGGAGACACUGAUCUCAGACAACCAGCCAGUCAGGAGGAGUGAGAACCAUAGUGUGACUAAUCAGGCUGCCAGGGUAUCGCUAAAGCCCACCCCUUUAAACGAGGACAGAGAGGGAAGAUUCUACUCACGAGAGAAAUCAAAGCCUGAGAAAGGGGGGAGCGAGAGAGAUGGAGAUAAAGACGAGGAGCGAGAGGAGAGGCAGGGCAGAGACGGAAAUGAGAACGCUCAGGCCGUCGGACCCGGAGGACGUACUCUCUCAUGGGUGCGAGCGCGGGGAGCCGGAGUGGACCCCGAAACAGCACCUUCUCGGACACACAUUCAGACUCACACGCACACACUCCAGAACUCUCAGCACCUGCUCCCACAGAACAGCUCUCUCUACACUCUCAUGAAGCGUUUCCUUGGCAAUGCGCCCUGGAAUUCUGUUCCUGCUGAACACACUUCGGUCGGUUCACACGCGCGGAGGGGAGACAGGGUUGGUAGAGGUUACCGUGCGCGCCCACAAACCCCUGGAAGUGGGGAGCACUCGGUGGAGGUCAUGCCUGGGAUCUUCCUCUACCGCGCUGGAAAUACCGCCCGACUGGUCCGCUCCAAAGCCAAGCACAGAGACACAGACCAAACCUCAGCAGGCAUCGCACACCUAAAUAUACCCUCAAACUCACAAGCUCCUUCUGACAGUAAGACACCACCAACCACAGCCACAACAAACCUGCCAAAUGACCCCCCAGACCACCCAGAGGACAAUCCGGCAUCCAGGUGGAGCUUCAGCUCCAUGAGCCCGCCUGGAAGCUCCCCUUCCUCUACUCCCCCAAAAAGCAGACCCCUCCCUGGGCCUCAUUUCUCUGAAAACAGCCUCCCCAUGGAGGACGGCCAGUCCACCAAAGCCUCCAGGGCCUCCGAGCCCACUGCUUCCCAGCCAGUGGCCUCGGACGUGGGCUCGCAGGCUGAGCAGGAUGGGGGCACGUCAGAGUACAGCUACGAGGAACCGGAGGACCUGAAGCCAGACUGGGUGGAGAAAGAGAUCAACUGGCAGCGGACGUUCAGCGCCAACACGGUGGACUUUGAGACGCUGCGCUCCGACUGGAACGACCUGCGGUGCAACGUGUCAGGAAACCUGCAGCUGGCCGAGGGAGAGGCUCUCCACCUCAUCUCACAGUACAUGGACAGGCUCAACAAGCACAACGGAGGCAUCUACACUCUGCAGCGCAUCGUUAACGUGGAGAAACGCCGCGACUCAGCCAGGGGGCACCGUUUCCUGGUGGAGCUGGUGUUGCUGGAGGGAGGAAAAAAUGUGGUGCGCGUCUCUGAAUAUAUUUACCUGCUGCUACGCCGCAGCCGCCUGGACGACAGCUUGGAGAUGCGGGAGGGUGGCGCCCCUUCCUCCCCCACGUUCUCUGCCUCUCCUGCCCACUCUGUGCCCCCCCGGUCCCCAGUGCCCAGCCGCAGCAGUGUCCAGGAGCAUGCCACCCUUGCCUGGGGCCCUAGCUACACCAGGCCCUUGCUCUGCAGGCCCAGUGUCCUCCGCUGGAGACAUGAUGUCAUGGUGCAUUUCGUGGUGCCAGUAAAGAACCAGGCUCGCUGGGUGGUGCAGUUCAUCUCCGACAUGGAAGCACUGCGCCAGGAGACUCAAGACGACAAUUUCAGUGUGGUCAUCGUGGACUUCCAGAGUGAGGACAUGGAUGUGGAGAGGGCCCUGAGGGAGAGCUCAUUACCCAGGUAUGAGUAUCUGAGGCGUGCAGGUCGCUUUGAACGUGCAGCUGGGCUGCAGGCAGGUGUGGACAGCAUCCAGGACAGUCACAGCAUAGUAUUCCUGUGUGACCUGCACAUCCACUUCCCUGCCACUCUGCUGGAGAGCAUCAGGAAGCACUGUGUAGAGGGCAGGCUGGCCUUCGCACCCAUUGUUAUGAGACUCAACUGUGGAGCUACACCGCAGGAGCCAGAUGGCUACUGGGAGGUGAAUGGCUUUGGGCUGCUUGGUCUGUACAAGUCAGACUUUGACCGGGUGGGAGGCAUGAACACAGAGGAGUUUAAAGAGCGCUGGGGAGGAGAGGACUGGGAACUGCUGGAUAGGGUUCUGCAGAACGGACUGGAGGUGGAAAGGCUCCGCCUGAGGAACUUUUUCCACUACUUCCACUCCAAGCGCGGAAUGUGGAACUCUCAGACAAAGAAGCUUCCUAAAGGCUAGCUGCAAGAUAACAUUUCACUGCCCUCAAAAAAAGCAGAAAAAUCGGCCCUUCCAGGGUACUGAACAUCCACAGACUCUCCGGAAGCCUUAAAGAGAGAUACGGAGAUGGAAGCAUCGCUGGGCUGUGACUGACUCUGAAAGGCUGCCUACUCAUGGCUGCAACUGUUACCAGCCAUUUUCUAGAACCUUACAUGCUGUGAUGAGAAAGGUUCCUCGGUUGAAGGAAAGGAAACUCAAGUCAAGUCAUGCAAGUGAUGAAGGACAUCAUUUUGAUUACCUUAUAACUAUAGUGUAAGGUUAGAUGCAGUAUGUGCACAUUUCAGUAGAAAGUCAUGGUUUGUUUGUGCACAAAUCAAUGUAUGUGUAUGUUUUGGAGUGAAUAUCAGGUGCUAAUGUAUUGUGUAUCCAUUUGUGUGUGUCUUUGUGUGUGCGCGAGUGUGUGUCUGCGUGG